AUGAAAAAGAAUUCAAAUAUUAUAUAUAAGCAUUGGUAAAAUAGAUGUGAAGCUGCUUAAUAGACAAUUCAUCAAUUGGACGAAAUCUAUAAGGCUGCUUAGGAUGUCUAAUAAAAUAAACCAAAUUUUAAGGCCAAGCAUAUUCUUAAUAAGAAAUUGGUGGAAUCUUAAGGAUAGAAGUUGUCAUAAGUGAAAUUAUUGCAGAACAUAACAGAUGAAGAUUUAAGGAAUAUCAAAAUAGUUAAUACUCAAAAUUAAAGUGUGUUAUAGAAAGUAUACAGCAAUACGUUGCAAUAAUAUUAAGCUCGAUUAUUAAAGAAGCCUCAAGCUGUUUAAUAAUCUCACGAUGAAAAUUGUAUUAGAAAUCCAUUCACAAUUAAAACACAAGCAGAUAUUUUGAGUGAAAACAGCACAGAAUUCAAUUCAUUAACAACUCGUUCAUCUUAGCCUGUGGUUAAGACUGAUAAUGUUAUUCCCUCUUAUGGGUAAUUACCAUCACUUCAUAUCCCAUAAAAUACUCCUUUAUAAAUAGUUUUUGACACUCUUAGCACACUUCCUAGAGUAAAUAAGGAUAACCUUGUCUUAUCUUUAAUGUAUUAAUAGGCUUUCAAAUCAGAGAAUCCAGAAAAGAAAGCGAAAUAGAUUUAAAAGGUCAUUUAAGCAUCUUAUAGGAAUGUUUCAAAGUAAUAUGAAUCAAAAAUUCUUCCUCCAAACGAAGUCAAUAAUACUAGUAACAAUUAAUCGAUUGACAGACGUAGAUUGAAAUUCAAAUCAAGUGGAUCUUAUGAUCUUAAUUCAUCCAGAAAUUAUGUGAGUUUUGUUCAAUAAAAAUAAAUAUGUUCAUAAAUCAAUUGA